AUGUCCUCCACUAUCGCUACAUCUAGGUCCGAAGCCUCGAGCAUCGCCUGGGAACGAAAUCAAGCAUCAUUCCCGGGCUUCGCAAUAUCAUCCGAUGAGCCACAACCAGCCAUGAAUGAUACAACGGGAAUUUCCGCAUCUAUUGCACCAAAGAACAUACAGAGAAUUACAAGGCUUGCUCGACAGUUGACUAACACCUCGAGAAACGCCGCAUCUGAUAGAGCAAUCACCAACCCUUUCAAAAGCAAUGACGAUCCUACCCUCGAUCCCAGCUCGGCCGAGUUUGACCCCAAACGCUGGGCUGAGACGGUCAUUCAAUUGAUGUCAAAUGAUUCUCAACAAUAUCUUCCACGAAAGGCCGGUGUAUCCUUCCGCAACCUCAGUGUAUCUGGAUUUGGAAGCCCGACCGGGUACCAGAAGGACUUCAUAAAUGUUGUGUUGCAGGUCACAGACCUUGUCGCGGGCCUGAUAAAUCGCAAAGAUGAGAAGAUUCAAAUAUUACGGAACCACAAUGGUCUAUUGAGAAGCGGGGAGAUGCUACUCGUACUGGGCCGGCCAGGCAGUGGCGUUUCCACCUUCCUGAAGACAAUUGCAGGACAGACGGAAGGGCUCCGGAUUGAUCCGUCGGCAGACUUCAACUACGAAGGUCCCUUGGCCACAUUUCUUCAAUGCUCUGGUACCAUGAACUUACAAGAUUUCUUAGGCAUUCAACGCGAGGCAAUGCGCAAACAAUUUCGUGGAGAUGUGAUAUACCAGGCUGAAACAGAUGUCCAUUUCCCACACCUCACUGUCGGCCAGACACUCCUGUACGCGGCACUUGCCAAAACCCCAAACAAUCGACUUCCUGGCGUCUCUCGUGAAGAAUAUGCAACACACGUUCGCGAUGUCAUCAUGGCCGUAUUCGGCCUCUCGCAUACACUCAACACCAAAGUGGGCAAUGAAUUUGUUCAGGGUGUCAGUGGCGGAGAGCGCAAAAGAGUGAGUAUUGCCGAGAUUGUGCUCACGCAAAGCCCGAUUCAAUGCUGGGACAAUAGCACAAGGGGACUUGACAGCUCUACGGCACUUAAGUUUGUGCAAACUUUGCGCCUAGCAGUGGACAUCAAAAGUACGACAACCAUUGUGGCUUUGUAUCAAGCCUCUCAGAUGGUUUAUGAGACUUUCGACAAAGUUACCGUACUGUACGAAGGUCGACAGAUAUACUUUGGCUCGAUCCACACAGCCAAAGAAUAUUUCACAGAUUUAGGAUAUCAUUGUCCAGACCGACAGACUACUGCAGACUUUCUCACAUCCUUGACAAACCCCGUUGAAAGGAUUGUGCGGCCUGGCUUCGAGGCGCGAGUGCCACGAUCUCCCGAUGAGUUUGCACUAUCAUGGAAGGAGAGUGCACAGAAUAAAAUGAUGAUGCAAGAAAUUGCAGAUUUCGAAAAGGCAAACCCGGUGGGAGGAGCUAGAGUCCGUCAGUUUGAAGAUUCUCGAAAUGCCGAGAAAGCUUCAUGGAUGACGCCAAAAUCGCCAUACACCAUUUCCGUCCCGCUGCAAGUCCUGCUAUGUGUUCGCCGAGGAUUCCGGCGAAUUCGCGGUGAUAUGACUUUCUUCACCAUCACAGUCGGUGGCAAUUUCGUCAUGUCUCUUAUUCUGGGAAGUGUCUUCUACCAGCUGUCCGAUGAUAGCUCCAGUCUCACCAACCGAUGCAUUUUGUUAUUCUUUGCCCUGCUCUUCAAUGCCCUCAACAGUUCAUUAGAGAUUUUGUCUCUUUACGCCCAGCGGCAAAUUGUUGAGAAGCAUGCAACUUACGCCUUCUAUCAUCCACUGUCGGAAGCUCUUGCUUCCAUGAUCUGCGAUCUUCCUUCGAAACUUCUUUCGACUGUAUCGUUCAAUAUUCCCCUCUAUUACAUGUCCAAUCUACGACGCGAAUCCGGACAUGUAGCUAUCUACUUGCUCUUCGCUUUAGCUUCGACCAUGACCAUGUCCAUGAUAUUUCGCACCAUAGGUCAGCUCACAAGAACAAUCGCAGAGGCAUUGACACCAGCUGCCCUGUUUGUCAUCGGUCUUGUGGUAUAUACGGGCUUUGUGAUCCCAAUUCGUAACAUGCAGGGCUGGCUGCGCUGGAUCAACUAUAUCAAUCCUCUAGCAUACUCAUACGAGUCGAUCAUUGCCAACGAGUUUCACCACCGCAGCUUUGAAUGUGCAAGUUUUGUGCCAUCAGGACCUGGAUACCAAAAUGUCACUGAAGGUCACCAAACAUGCUCAGUAGCAGGGGCCGUUUCUGGGUCUUCUCGAGUCACUGGGGAUAUUUACGUCGAGGAGAGUUAUGGAUACUACUAUUCACAUAUCUGGCGCAACUUUGGGAUCCUGGUUGGCUACAUCAUUUUCUUUAUGAUUGUGUACUUGCUGGCGGCCGAGUAUAUCACUGCCGAUAGCCACAGGGGCGAGACUCUCCUCUUUCGGCGUAAGCAUAAACACUCCGUUCGUGCCGAGCAACCGAAAGAAGACGAAGAAGCCGGCCCACGGAAUCACCUCUCGUCGGCUUUUGCGGCUACAAAAGAGGAGCAGCAUAGUGAGGCGGAUGAAAAGACCAUCAAUACCCCAGAGCAAGGAAACGUUACGCACUGGAGGGACCUUUGCUAUGACAUUCCGGUCAAAGGUGGAGUGCGCAGAAUAACUGAUCAUGUUGAUGGCUGGGUCAAGCCGGGUAUGCUAACGGCCUUGAUGGGUGCCUCGGGCGCGGGAAAAACCACUCUGCUGAAUGUUUUAGCCAAUCGAGUCAACAUCGGCGUCGUGAGCGGCAAUGUUAUGACAAAUGGCCUCCCACGAGAUAAAUCUUUCCAACGUCGGAUAGGGUAUGUCCAGCAACAGGAUCUUCAUCUGGAAACCACCACAGUCAGAGAGGCGCUCAAGUUUAGCGCCUUUCUUCGACAGCCUGAGGCUGUUAGCGAGGAGGAGAAACUUCAAAGUGUGGAGGAUAUUAUUAGCCUUCUUGACAUGAGCCCAUACGCAGAUGCCGUCGUUGGGGUUCCUGGUGAAGGUCUAAACGUCGAGCAGCGAAAACGACUGAGCAUCGGAGUAGAACUGGCUGCAAAACCUGAUCUACUUUUCUUUUUGGACGAACCAACGUCAGGCCUCGAUAGCCAGAGUGCUUGGUCAAUCUUGUUACUGCUACGGAAGCUCACCAAUCACGGUCAGGCCAUUCUCUGUACCAUCCAUCAGCCUUCCGCAAUACUCUUCCAGCAGUUCGAUCGUUUGUUGUUAUUGGCAAGUGGUGGUCGCACCGUCUACUUCGGAGACAUCGGCAAAAACUCGCAGACCUUGAUUGAGUAUUUUGAACGUCAUGGAGCUAGUCACUGUACUGAAGAUGAGAAUCCCGCCGAGUGGAUGCUUGAUGUUAUCGGUGCUGCCCCGGGUAGCAAUGAGGCCCGUAAUUGGGCUGACACUUGGCGCUCAAGCACUGAGUAUACCAAAAUUCAGCAGGAAUUGGAUGCCUUGGAGAAAAAUCCAAUGCCCAAGACUAGCCAUGAUGAAACCUCGGCUCGGCAAUAUUCGAGUCCUUUUCAUAUGCAGUUCUGGUUCUGCACGAAGCGAGUCUUUGAGCAGUACUGGCGGACACCCUCUUACCUGUACUCCAAAUUGGCUAUGUGCCUCGUCGCUUCUUUGUUCAUCGGGCUGUCUUUCCUUCAGACCAAAAUCACAGAGCUCGGCUUGCAGCACCAAAUGUUUGCAAUUUUCAUGCUACUCGUCAUAUUUCCUUUCCUUGCCUACCAGACCAUGCCAUAUUACAUCCUCCAGCGCGAUCUCUACGAAAUUCGCGAACGACCAUCCAAAGUGUACUCUUGGGUGACAUUUAUAUUGGCUCAGAUCACAGUGGAGCUUCCAUGGAAUUCCCUGGCUGCCGUGAUAACAUUUCUCCCGUUUUACUAUUUGAUUGGGAUGAACCAUAAUGCUGCCUCAACCAAUUCAGUGACUGAAAGAAGUGGCCUGAUGUUCAUGUAUAUUUGGUCCUUCCUGAUGCACUGCAGCACCUUCACUAUGAUGGUUGUCGCGAGUGCUGCAACCGCCGAGAUAGGUGCCAUUUUAGCCUUGCUGCUAUUUGCGUUCUCAUUGAUCUUCUGCGGCGUUAUGGCAGCUCCGGCAAGCCUUCCAGGCUUCUGGAUCUUCAUGUAUCGGGUUUCUCCGCUCACAUACCUCAUCAGCGGCAUGCUUUCCACCGGCCUGGCGAAUGUUGAUGUUCACUGCUCUAGCUUGGAGACGGUCAUCGUUCAGCCCCCUAGCGGCGAAACAUGUGCAGAAUAUUUGACAACAUUCUUGCUGACAGCAGGUGGCGCGGUGUAUAACCCUGAAGCCACGUCCAACUGUGAAUAUUGCGCGAUUGCCCAGUCGAAUGUCUAUCUGGCGUCUGUAUCUUCAUACUAUGAUGAGCGCUGGCGGAAUUUGGGUCUGAUCUGGGCUUACAUCGCCUUCAAUGUGUUUGCGUCGCUUUUCUUGUACUGGUACGUGCGAGUUCGGGGCAGCCCUGGUAUGUCACAUCUGGGUCGUUGGGGCAGUUUGGCAUUGAAUGCUUUGUGGCGGAAGAAGAGUGCCGGAGAGAACUAA